UCCAGUAGGAGUAGGCGCAUACUCGUGCACGCUCGGCUAAAGGCGUCUUGAUCAGUGGCGGCGGCAGGCAGUCAGUCACUUGUCACUAACCCGCUUGCUGGCCCCCUCCCUCGGCUAAAAUGUCAAAGUUAGACCAGGUCCUUGUCCUCGAUCCUCCCUCCGACCUCAGAUUCAAAGGUCCCUUCACCGAUGUCGUCACCACCAACCUCAAACUGAAGAACCCCUCGGAAAAAAGGGUAUGUUUCAAAGUGAAGACCACGGCGCCCCGGAGGUACUGCGUACGGCCCAACAGCGGCAUCGUGGAGGCGGGAGCUGCCAUCAACAUCUCUGUGAUGCUGCAGCCCUUUGACUAUGACCCCAACGAGAAAAGUAAACACAAAUUCAUGGUGCAGACCAUUUUCGCCCCAUCCAACAUGUCUGACAUGGACUCAUUGUGGAAAGAUGCCAACCCCGAUGACCUCAUGGAUUCUAAGCUGAGAUGCGUCUUUGAGCUGCCUUCUGAAAACGAUAAAAUGAACGACGUGGAGGCGAGCAAAGCCUCUCUUAUGAGCAGCGCUGCCAGGCCCGAGCCGUCCGUAGCCGCCGCGCCCGCCCCCACAGCUGCGACCGCCUCCUCCACGGAUGACAUGGAGAUGAAGAAGGUGAUGGACAAGUGCAAGCGGCUGCAGGCGGAGAUGAGCAAGUUGGCGGAGGAGAACCGGCAACUGAAGGAAGACGGCACCCGGAUGAGAAAGAUGGCGCGCUCGGAUCACAUGACGGCCAGCUCGGCCGGCCCCGCCACCCUGCCCUCGCUUCUGGUGGUCAUAGCGGCCAUCUUCAUGGGAUUCUUCCUGGGGAAGUUCAUCCUGUAGACUGGCGGCCGCUGCGUCUUCAACGGAAGCCUGGAAAGCAGCGAGAAGUCUUUGCGUUGACGUUUGCCAUAUCACCGCUAGUGUGGCCUGCAGCGAACACACGUGCACCGCAUCAAUGGGAAGGCGUGGCCUUUUUAUUCACGGUUAGUGCACAGGAAAGGAAGAUGACUAAAGCCAUUGCUCCCUUUUUUUGUCCACGGCUGGGCUCUACAGGUUAUGUAACCGGUUAUGUAACGGGACAUCAGUGUUGUAAACGGUCAUGGACGUCGGACGUAACAAGCAUCGGAUACGCUGGCCUUGUUUGUAUAGGAACGUCUUGGCCAUUCUUUUAAACGACAACCUCCAUCGUCACCUUCACUGGAUCGCUUCUUCGUACCCGUUUGUCAUUUUUACUUCUACUCUCAGAAUGUUCACGUCCAGUUGGGGAUAAAGGUGCCUCCUCCUCCUCCCCCCCCCUUCUACUUUACCCACCAAUGCAGACUUUAUAUUAUUCCUUCUAUACAAAUCUUCUAUUCCCUCAGAUAUUGACUGAAAUGGGCCACCAUUCUUCAUUCUGUCCCAUGAUAUUAAGCAAUGAAAAAUAAAAUGGAAAAAAAAACUUUCCAUAGAUUUGUGGUCCUGAUUCUUAAAGUCAAGAUGCCCAUCAUUCAUAAUCCUUACGUGACGUGAGCAUGUCCCUCUUUGCGUCCUGAACGUCCAACAGCUCAUCACGGCCCGUGUAGAACCCGCUAUACUCUACUAUACUCUACUAUACUCUACUCUACUCUACUAUA